AUGGCGGAGAUGGAUCCGGAAGUGGUGAAGGGGCCCUGGAGUCCAGAAGAAGACGACAAGCUUAGAGAGUUAAUCUCCAAGUACGGACCGCGUAAUUGGUCACUGAUAGCCCAAGGACUUAAGGGGCGGUCCGGCAAGAGCUGCCGCUUGCGAUGGUGCAACCAACUGAAUCCCGAUGUGAACAAGGAUCCGUUCACGGACGAGGAGGAUCGCAUCAUCGUGAUGGGGCACGCGGAGCACGGCAGCAAGUGGUCCAUCAUCGCUAAGAGCCUCCCCGGUCGCACGGAUAAUGCUAUCAAGAACCACUGGAACUCCACGCUGAAGCGCAAGUACCCCGCCAUUCUCGCCGACAUUAUCAGCCGUCGCACCUCCCGCCUGCUGGACUCUCCGCGCGACAGUAUCAGCGGAAACAGCAGCGCGGGCCCCGCGUCCCCCGCAUACGCCGCCAUGUACCGCUCCGCGUUCCCCGACAGCCCUACAUUUUCCCCCGGUAGCGGCGCCGGCACACCUGGGAGCGGCCGAUACGACUCUAGCCGAGUAGAACACAUCCGCGCGCUCACCGAUGUGCUCCGCCGCCUCGCCACCACCUCCGCCGCCGCGUCCACCUGCUCUUCCCCCAGCGGAAUGCACUCCGGCGUCCCCUCCCCCCAUCCGCUCUCGCAGCCCUUCUCCCCCCACGGCCUCUCCUCCAGCAGCGGAGCGCCUUCCCCCGGCUCCGCGCAGCCGUUCCCCUUUUCCAUGGGCGCUGGCGCAGGCGCAGGCGGUUUCGGUUCCGCCAUGACGGGUAUCUCCGGAAGCGGAAGCGGAGGGGAUGACCUGCUCGACUUGCGCCAGCAGACCGCGAAGCGCCUCCGCCUGGCCGCCGCGUAUUCCGGGAUUCCGUUCUCCGAACUCCCCUCCCCGCAAGAGGUUCUCGCAUUCCCCAAAAGCGCGAGCCUGGGGGAGCCCUCCGCGCCCACUCCGCCCAUAGUUUCCCCCCUCUUCCCGCGCUUCCUCUCCUCCGCCGGCGCUGCCGGCGCAGGGGGGAGCGGCGCAGGUUUCGGCGGAGAUAACGCGCUGGCGGCGCUUGCAGCUGGGGGAUCGGCUGGGGGAAUGGGCAUGGGUGGUGGCGCAGGCGUGGGCGGGUUUGGGGGAAUGGGCGCGGGGGUGGGGUCUUCCCCCCUCGGCUCCCCUAACACCAUGUUCCGCGCAGGUCUAGGUGGCGGAAUGGGCGGAGGGCUGGGGGGAAGCGGAGCAACUGCGAAAACGCCACCGUUCUCCGCCUUUCACCACCGCUCUCUCCUCCGCUCCUCGUCCUCCCCCGUAGAGCGCGCCCCCCUCACCGGCCUCUUCCCCUCCGGCCUGGGAACGCCGAGCCUAGGGGGCUCCACCUUGGGAUUAUCGGUCUUGGGGGGAGGGGGCGGGACAGGGGGAGGCAUGGAUGGUGGUGGUGGUGUUGGCAGCAGCAGGUCGAAAGGGCCGUCGAUUCUGGGUCGGCGAAAUCUGACCAUUGAUUUGUCGGUGUUGGAGCAGCAGCAGCCGUCGUCGGCGAACGCCACACCUCAAGGCUCGCGCGGCUUGCCUGGCGCUGCUGCCACCGCCGCCGCCGCCGCCGCUGGGGCUGCUGGUGCUGUUGCUCCCGGUUCUGCUGCCGCUGGUGACGUCUCCGCGGGUUCGUCUGGCGGCAGUGGCGCUGUUGCUGCGGGUGGCGGGCUCGCUGGUUCCAUGGGAAUGGACGAAGCGGCGGCUCAUCUGUCCUUGAGUCAGCAGCACCAAGCGUCGCUCUUUGAUGCUGCUACCCUCCAGCAGCAGCAGCAGCAACAACAGCAGCAGGCACAGCAGCAGGCGCAGUUCGCAGGGCUGGAAUCGACUCAGAAGCGUCCGUCGAAGAACCACGGCGAGAAGAAAAAUCCCGUCGUUCCUGCUGUAGCACCAGCAGUAGCGGAUCGCGACUCCGUUACAGGAAUUGCGCAUGAAGCCUCGUUAGUAGCAGCGGCCGUGGAGGAUGCGGAAAGGGCCAGAGCGGAGGAUGCGGAGAGAGCGAGUCAUCGCAACAAGCGCAAGUUCCGCCUGGACGCGCCUUCCGCGCAGGGAAGCCCGCCGGCCGCUGCGCCGUUAGCGUGUCCGCCGGUGGCGGAGACGGACGGCGGUCAUGCGCGCCAGGAUGUAACGCAGCUCGGAUUGCAGGCGAAAUCUCAGGUUGGAUCGCAGGUGGGAGCGCGAAGCGGUCAGGGGUUAGCGGGGUCGGGGGAGAGUGACUUGGGGAAGCUUCAGCAGCAGCAGCAGCUGAGGCUUGCGACGAGCACGCAGCAGCAGUCGCAGGCGCAGUCGCAGCAGAAGGCGCAGGAGCAGUCGCAGGCGCAAGGCUCGGCUGCUGCGCGCAUGGCGCAGAUGCAGAUGACUUUCCGCGAGACCGUGGAAGCAGGGGCGUACGGUGCAGGGGGAGCGUCGGGUAACCGGGUUACCUUGCGGGGGGAUGGUCUCCGCCGUUGGGGGUCGCAGGGGGAGGAAGGUCUGCGCGGAUUUGAAGACGAGGGGGGUUUGGUGUCUUGUACCGAAGAUGCUUGUGACGGGUCCUGCGUGGGUGGGAUUAUCCACGUGGAGGAUGAGUAUUAUGACGAAGAGGGGGAUUAUGAUGACGGUGAUGACGUGGACACAGUGGAUGCGCAGGAGGAUUAUGACGAGGACGAUGACGUGGAUAUCGCGGAUGAUGACAUGGAGAGCGAGUUUGAUGACGCGGAUGACGUGGGAGAGGAGAGCGAUCUGUCGCAUAUUGAUCCGCGUUAUGAGCAUCACCAGUCCCAGCAGGUGCAGCAGCAACGGGAGCAUCAGCAGCAGCAGCAUUAUCAGCAGCAGCAACAGCAACAGCAGCAGCAGUACCACCAGCAACAGCAGUACCAGCAGCAGUAUCAGCAGCAGCAGUAUCAGCAGCAGCAGCAGCAGCAGCAACUGCAGCAGCAACAAAGUGUGCAGCAGCAGAGCUAUUAUGACUCGCAAAACGCAAAUACUGUCUCUGCUGCACAGGAUGCUUCUACUACUGCUGCACACGGUGCUGGUUCGGACUCCGCUGAGAAUUACAUUUGGGAUGAUGCAACCGAAUUCCGCUUAGAGGAGCUUCUCUUAGAGAAGCUCGAUUCGCUCCAUAGCGAAGCAGUGGUCAAGGUCGCUAGCUUCGGCUACACCGAAGAAGCGGCUCGGCAGGCCGUCGACAGGUUCGGCAGCUGCUUCGGCGAAAAGGACGCCCUGACCAACAUCGUCUCCAAUGCCCUCCUCUUUGGCAGAGGCCCGGAAAUCGCAGCCAUGGCUGCAGGCAGGUCCGGGAAAGGCUCGGGGAGCAGAACCCACACCUCCACCUUCGGCACCGGCAGCAGCUUCGGAACACGCCAUGCCUUGGGGUCAGGCUCGGGGCAGGGCACGGGGGGGAGUCCGAGCCUGGGGUUUUCGACUCGGAGGGAGCUGCAGCAGGACGGCGUGUCUCGGAUGCUGUGCGCGCUGCAGGCUCUUGCUUCGUCCUCUCGGGGCAAGCAGCUGCUGCGUGCCUCCCUGCACUCACAACCGCCGCCUUCCAAUGCUGCAGGUGCGUCUGGUGCAGGUGCGUCCGGUGCAGGCGCACCUGGAACAGGUGCGUCCAGUGCAGGUACAUCUACGACAACUGCUCCUGUGUCAGGAGCAGCAGUGGCAGGCGCGGAUGGAGGCAAGGAGGCGGGGAAAGGAGGAGGGAAGCGGAAAGGAGCCAAGAAGAGCAAAGGGAAGGGCGGAGGGGCAGGAGCAGCAGCUGCAGGCGGAGGAGCAGGAGCAGGAGCAGGAGCAGGUGCAGGUGCAGGAGCAGGUGCAGGAGCAGGUGCAGGAGCAGGUGCAGGAGCAGGAGGAGCAGGCGGAGGAGCAGGAGCAGUAGCAGGAGGAGGAGCAGUUGGGGAUGCAGGUGGCAGCAGCAGCAGCAGCAGCAGUGGCGGUGCUGCAAAGCCGUUUGACGAGGAGCACGAGCGGUGGGUGCUGCGGCAGUCAGAGGCGUUCCGGCGGCUGCACGAGCAGCAGCAGCAGUACCAGGCGACGCUGGAGCAGAUGCAGCAGUACGUGCAGGGCAACCCCGAGGACCUGCAGCUGCUGCAGCAGAUGAAGAUGCUGCCGUCCCUGCUCGCGCAGUCGCAGCAUGAUACCCAGCAGCUGCUGCAGCGCCAGACCCGGCACGUGCUGGGGCAGCAGGGCGCGCAGCAGGGGGGGCAGGGGGUGCAGGUGCUGCAGGGAGUGGUGGAAAAGGGCGGUGGUGGUGGUGGUGGUGGUGGUGGUGGUGGUGGUGGUGGUGGUGGUGGUGGUGGUGGUGGUGGUGGUGGUGGUGGUGGUGGUGGCGAAGGGGUGGGUGGUGGUAGUGGUGCUGCUGCUGCUACUGGCGGGUCACAUGCUGUUGGCAGUGCAGCAGGGAACGGUGGUGCAGAGGCUGCUGCAGCAGCAGGUGAAGGAGGAGGGAAACAGGGCGAUAGCGUCCCACCAGCGCCACCCACAGACCAGCACGCACCCCUCACCACACUCCAAUCAGAUUCAACAACCGAUUCCGACACAGCAGCACCUCUGCAGUCCGCUCUGGAGGCUGCCACGUCAGCACCAGCACAGUCCGCUCUGGAGGCUGCCACGUCAGCAGCAGCAGUGCGCACUCAGGAGGGUGGCCGCUCAACCUCACGAGAGUGCGUUACUACAGAGGAGGCAGGGUCGUUGGCAGCAACAGAGGGCGCUCUGGAGAAGGCCGGCCAAGAAACAGGGGCGUUCAAAGGGUCUCUGGGCGUUCAAGAAACAGUUCCAAAAGAGUCAGUCAUGGAGUUCAAAGGGGUGAAGGAGUGUUUGAAGGGGCGUUCAAAGGGGGGGUCUUCUUCCCAGGAGCCUUUCGACGAGUCUUUGAAUGAGCCUUUAGCUGCUGCUGCUGCCCACCCUGAGUGUGAUUCUAGAGAGGGUGAUUGUGAUCAUGAGGGCGUGGAGGAGACUGCUGAACUGGCACCGCACAGCGAUGCAGCAAGGCCCACGCCAGCAGAGGCUGAAAGUGCCACGUCAGCAGAGAUGCCACCGAAUGCCACGUCCGCCGAGGCACAGAGUGCCACGUCAGCGCAUGCGGAGCAGAACUCGACUGCGUUCUCCAUGGCGCUGCAGAACGUGUUCGCCGGGGCCAUGCUCAAAUCCAUCGCCAACACCACCGGUAACCCACUCUCGCAUUCACUCUUAAUGGAGUCUGUUCGGAGGCAUCAACCCGCUCACCCUCUCCACCAUCUCCCACCGUCUCCCACAUUGUCGUUCUCCCCCCAAAUGCGCCCGUCAUCGCAGGGACAAAAGCAGCAGCAGCAGCAGCAGGUGGCCACAACAAUCACACCUGUCCAGUCCAACCCUCCUACCACUGCACCUUCUCCUUCUUCCUCCGCCGCUCCCGCUGCUCCUGCCUCUGCAUCUCUGGCCUCCAUGUUCCCCCUCUCUCUUCCUGGCUUCCUGCCCUCCCCUGCUUCAAAGCAGAAGGUGCUGGGAAGCUUCACUGCUUGCAGCAACGCCCCUCCCCCUGCUACAGCUACAGCUGCUGCUGCUGCUGCUGCUGCUGCUGCUGCUGCUGCUGCUGCUGCUGCUGCUGCCCAACAAGAAGCUGCCCCUGCCACAGCCCCCGCCGGGAAUACGGGCAGGGAAGGAGUUGUUGGUCUGCCCUGUCUGCCCGUUGCAGCAGGAGCAGCGGUGGCAGCUGCAACUGCUGGAAUCGCCGCUGCCUCUGCUGCUGCUGCUGCUGCUGCUGCGGAUGGUGCAGGAGGAGCAAAUGGUGCGAGUGGUGCGCAUGGUGCAAGUGGCUCGGGGACUUCAGCUCCACACACCGUGUUCCCGGACCUGCUUGUGCAGCCAGGUUCGGCAGGUGUGGGGGGAGGAACGGGAGGUGGAGGGGCUGGGGUAGGGGGGAGUGAGGUGGGGGGGGUGAGGGGGAGGAGAAGGCGGUUGGUGGUGGCACAGAGGAGGCGAGGGGAUGCUGGUAGUGGGGAAGAGAUGGGGGUGACAGGGGGCGGAGUGGGGGCAGGAGGGGCAGUGGGAAUUGCGAGAGCAGGGGUGGCAGGGAUGGCAGGAGGGGCGGCAGGAGGGGCGGCAGGAGGGGGAGAGGGCGAGGAGAAGCAUGGUCUGGUUCACACAGGGACGGAUAACGGCAUGGGUUAUGCUGAUGGUAGUGCAGGUGGCAAUGGCAGCUGUGCUUCCACUGCUGCCCUGCCCAACCGUGCUGUACCUGCCAGUAAUCCACCUAACUGUACCAUGCCUGGUGCUGCUGUCACAUGUAGUGCGAUUACUGCUGUAGCGGGUGGUGCAGGUACUGUAGGUACGGUUGUAGCCGGUUCUGCUACAGGAACAGGAAACCCUGCUUUAUCAGGAGCGGCUGGCAGUGCAGUGAACCAGCGUGCUCUGUUGAAUCCACCUGCUCUGUUGAAUCCACCUGCUCUGUUGAAUCCACCUGCUCUGUUGAAUUCUCCUGGCGUGAUGGUGCCGUUUGACCCGCUUCAGUCACAGCAGGGCGCGUCAGGUGGUGUGCUUGGUGGUGCACAGGCAGGCAGGGCGACAGAGAGAGUGAGUGUGUCUGGUGCGGCAGGGUCUGUUGGAGUCACCACAGGUGUGCCCGGGGUAGCCGGUGUUACCGGUGUUACCACAGGUGUGCCAAGCACUGGUGUAACAAGCAGCGGCGGCGGUGUGACGAGCAGUGGCGGUGUUACAAUCACUGCUGUAACGAGUAACGCGUCAAGCGGCAAAACUACUGGUACGACCAGCGGCAUAACGGCCGGGUUACCAGCAGUGACAGCGGCAACAGCAGCAGCAGCAGCAGCGGCAGUGGCAGCGGCGACAGCAGCGGUGGGGAAGGGAGCGGAGAGUGUGGAGGGGGUGAUGGAGCGGCUGGAGCAGCUGCACUCCACGCAUGGGGCCGUGCUGAAGCAGUGCGUGCACCUUGAGAGGCGCGUGGAGGAGCUCGAAGGACAGGUGGGUGCAGAGCGGUAUGCUCAGGAAGGGGUUGCGGGGGGAGCGGAGAGUGUGGAGGGGGUGAUGGAGCGGCUGGAGCAGCUGCACUCCACCCAUGGGGCCGUGCUGAAGCAGUGCGUGCACCUUGAGAGGCGUGUUGAGGAGCUCGAAGGACAGGUGGACGAGAGGCGCGAGCAGCACACGGCAUGGCUGGAGGCGAGGGUGAGAGAGCUGGAGGCUGCAGUGGACGACAGCAAGCACUGGGCGCAGCAACGGGUGAUGCAAGUAGCGCAGAAGCUGGUGAGGGAGAGCAAGGAGCUGCGGCAGCUGAGGGCGGAGAGGGAGGAGUGGGUGCGCAGCCGGCGCGAGCAGGACGGCAAGGAGGAGAGCGCCGCGCGCCAGCUGGGCGAGAUGGAGGCGGCUCUGAGGAAGGCGUCGGGGCAGGUGGACCGCGCUAACGCUGCCGUGUGCCGCUUGGAAGCGGAGAAUGCUGAGCUGAGAGCGGAGCUGCAGGCGGCAGGGCUGAGGGUGAGCGAGGCGAGUGCGAAGCUGGCAGAGGCGGGCAAGCGGGAGGGCAAGGCGCUGAAGCGCGUGCAGGCGAUCGAGCGGGUGAAGGCGAAGCUGCAGGAAGAACUAAUGGAGGAAAGGCGCAAGCUGGCAACUUCCCUGUCCGACCUGGAAGCAAUCCGACGGAGGCAGCAGCAGGCGGAGCAGCGGUGGCGGCAGGAGGAGAAGGCACGUGAAGAAGCAACCGCACGCGCCGACGCAGAGUGCCGCGCGCGCGAGCAGGCAGAGACAGCGUGGAAGCAGCGCGAGGAGACACUCAGAGCCAAGAGCGAGGCGGAUGUGAAGAGGGUGCGCGGCGAGGUGGCAAGACUGGAGCGGGAGGUGGUGCAGCUGAGAAUCAUGGCCGGAGCAAGCCUGUGGGGGGGUAGUGGCGGGGGCGGAGGUGGGAGCAGGGGUGCGGGAGGGGUGGGAGUGGGUUGUGCUGGUGCCGGUGGGUCGAGGAGCGGCGGCGUGGGGUUGUUAGGGAGUGGGGUUGGUGCCGGUGGUGGUGGGGGGAGUGGGAGUGGGAGCGGAGGUGGAGGUGGGGGUAGUGGUAGUAGCAGUAGCAGUGUGGCGGCGAGUGUGGUGGCGGCAGCGAGUGCGCAGGCACUGAGAGAGGCGAAUGCACGGGGUGUCCUCUUUGACCUCUCCAUGGGGACUCCUGCAGGGACUUAUGUGGGGACUCAUGUCGGGACGCCUGCUGCUGCUCCUGCUCCUGGCGCUUCCCCCGCUGCUGCUGCUGCCAGUGCUGCUGCCGCUGCCGCUGUUGCUGGUGGGGGUGUUGGGUUGGGUGGUGGGCAGAGGGUGAUGGGUCAGCUUGGGGUUGUGGCAGGAAUGGGUGGGAUGGCGGGAGUAUCAGGAACGACAGGAGUUGCAGGAGUGGCACCGCUGAAUGGGAUACACUUCGGGGGAGCAGGCUUGGGAGGGGCAGGAGGGGCAGGGGUUGCAGGCAAGGGGGGGAGGCAGGGAGUGGCAGCAGGGCAUGGAGGGGGGCGCAACCACGGGGUCAUUGGGGGGGCACGGGGAGGGGGAGGGGGAAGCGGAGGGGGAGUCGUAGGAGGAGGGGGAGGGGGAGGCAUUCUCAGUAACAGUGUUACCAGCAACCCUGCGUCUUCUACCGCUGCGGGCACCACAGCAGGCCAUGGCGCACUGCUGCCCCACAUUGGGCUCGGCGGGAUCGUACUAGGGGGGGCAGGAGCAGGAGCAGGAGCAAGCCUGGGGGCAGGGCUGGGGAUGGGUCCGGUGUUCGGAAUGGCCAUGGGAGGAGGAGGAGGGGGGGGAGUGAGGAGGGAGAGGGAGUGUGUGAUGUGCAUGAGCGAGGAGGUACAGGUGGUGUUCCUCCCGUGUGCCCAUCAGAUCGUGUGUCUCGCCUGCAACGAUGCUCUCCUCGCCCGCCGCAUGCCCGACUGCCCCACGUGCCGCUCGCCCAUCUCCCAGCGCAUCCGUGUGUUCGGCCCGCAGUAG